GGCUUCCGUAGGGCUGGCCCCGCCCACACUUCCGCUAUGGUGGCUUGUGUGCGUUCCGUGAACGGAAGUAGCUGUUGGGAGCGUUCAGACGCUUUAAAUUCCUGCGGGGGUGGAGGUCCCGGCUUUCGUCUGGAGUCUGGCUUCUCACCCGCAUGGCUGUGGACGUGAAGUCUCGAGCGAAGCGCUAUGAGAAACUGGACUUCCUCGGGGAGGGACAGUUUGCUACGGUCUAUAAGGCCAGAGAUAAGAACACCAACCAAAUUGUCGCCAUUAAGAAAAUCAAACUUGGACACAGGUCAGAAGCUAAAGAUGGUAUAAAUAGAACAGCCUUAAGAGAGAUAAAAUUGUUACAGGAGCUAAGUCAUCCAAAUAUAAUUGGUCUCCUUGAUGCAUUUGGACAUAAAUCUAACAUUAGCCUUGUCUUUGAUUUCAUGGAAACUGACCUGGAGGUUAUAAUAAAGGAUAAUAGUCUUGUGUUGACACCAUCCCACAUUAAAGCCUACAUGUUGAUGACUCUUCAGGGGUUAGAGUAUUUACAUCAGCAUUGGAUUCUACACAGGGAUCUAAAACCAAACAACUUGUUGUUGGAUGAGAAUGGAGUUCUGAAACUGGCAGAUUUUGGCCUGGCCAAAUCAUUUGGGAGUCCUAAUAGGGCUUACACGCAUCAAGUUGUGACCAGAUGGUACCGGGCCCCUGAGUUACUGUUUGGAGCUAGAAUGUAUGGUGUAGGUGUGGACAUGUGGGCUGUUGGCUGUAUAUUAGCAGAAUUGCUUCUAAGGGUUCCUUUUUUGCCUGGAGAUUCAGACCUUGAUCAGCUAACAAGAAUAUUUGAAACUUUGGGUACACCAACUGAAGAACAGUGGCCUGACAUGUGUAGUCUUCCGGAUUACGUGACCUUUAAGAGUUUCCCGGGGAUCCCACUGCAGCACAUCUUCAUUGCAGCAGGAGAUGACUUGCUUGAUCUCAUCCAAGGCUUGUUCUUAUUCAAUCCGUGUACUAGAAUUACUGCAUCCCAGGCACUGAAGACAAAGUACUUCAGCAAUCGUCCAGGACCAACCCCUGGAUGCCAGCUCCCAAGACCAAACUGUCCAGCGGAGGCCCUGAAGGAACAGUCAAAUCCAUCCGUGGCAACCAAACGAAAAAGAACAGAGGCCUUAGAACAAGGAAUACUGCCCAAGAAGCUAAUCUUUUAGUUACAGCGAACAAUGGACAGUUUUUCACUGCUGAAAGAAAUAAGCUGAAAGGCAAAUAAUGGAAAGAAAAUAGGGAGCAUUAAAUGCCAUAGAAGAGAACUUGUAAAUAUUCUACACAUGUAAAAUAUGUAAAACUAUGGGUUAUUUUUAUUAAAUGUAUUUUAAAAUAAAAUAUUUGUGAUUUAUGAUUAGAGUACACAAAUAAGUUCAGUUCUCUGAAAUGUAAUUCACAGUGUAUUAGGGGAGGCUUAGUAUGUAAUUACUGGUUAUUCUGCAGCUCUGGAGGAUACAUCACCUCAAAUUCACUAUGAAUAGUACUUAAAACAGAAAAACACUGUUAGCAGUUUUGCCACUACUUAACCCCAUUACCCAAUCUAAAUAGACUUGAGAAAUAAAACUGACACCUCCCCUCAAUACUCCCCCACUGGAACUCACUGUGAUCCUCCUGCCUCAGAGCCUGAGUUGCUUUAUUUAUUCUGGCAUGUAUCACCAUGACCCUUUAAUUCUUUGUAUUCCACUCCUUUUUACCCUUAUCAAGGAAAUGUCUUUGGGUAAACUUGUGUUUAUGAUUCCAUGGUUUUAUACUGUCACCAUGGAGAACUCUAUUUCACCUUAAGGUAGCACACAGCUUUGAUCCUAGCAGUAAAGGCAAGUGAAUCUUUGAGAGUUUGAGGCUAGCCUGGUCUGCGUACUGAGUUCCAGGCCAGC